AUGCAUUGCCAGAAGAUUGCUACAGAAUAUUACCAGAGCAUGCAUGCCUUGAUAUUUGCAGUGGAGGAGAUAAAUGGAGAUCAUGAACUCCUUCCUAACAUUACAUUGGGUUUCCAGAUUUUUGACAAAUGUACUACCCUAAGGAGGUCAGCAAAAGGAGUUCUUUUGAUGCUCUCAGGUGGAAAAAAAAUGACCCCAAAUUAUCACUGUUACAGAGAGGCACCUCUUGCUGGUAUUGUUGGUGAUUCUGGUUCCACGCAUUCCAUUCUUAUGGCUGAAAUAUUGGGACUGUACAGAUAUCCACAGAUCAGUUAUUUGUCAACCAGCCCUGUUCUAAGUGAUCGGAACCGGUUUCCCUCUUUCUUCCGUACCAUCCCUAGUGAUGAAGUUCAAAUGAGAGGUCUAGCUCAGCUGGUGUCUUAUUUUGAUUGGUCUUGGGUUGGCUUCUUAGCUGAUGAUGAUGACUAUGGACAAUUUGGACUGCAGAUGGCAAAACAGGAAAUAAUUCGCACUGGAGCUUGUGUUGCUUUUUCUGAGAAUAUCUUGAUUGGUCAACCUAACAGAAAUGCCCCACAGCUUGCCAAGGUUAUAAGAGAGUCAUCUGCAAAAGUUGUGGUUGUGAUAGCUUCUGAUCAUAACUUUGUGAUUCUUGUGGAAGAGUUAUUGAAGGAGAAUGUGACAGAUAAAAUCUGGGUUGCCAGUGAAGGUUGGGUGACAUCUGCUCUACUCUCUGAAGAAAAGUUCCAAGUGGUUUUGGUGGGCACCAUUGGUUUUGCCAUUCAUGGUGCAAAAAUGCCAGAAUUUACUAAAUAUUUCCAAAGACUUCAUCCAUUAAAAGAUUUUCAUGACCCAUUCAUAGAAGAAUUUUGGGAGCAAACAUUCUCAUGUACAUUACUCAAUCAAAACAAUUUAUUUCAACUAAACAGCAAUUCUACAAUCCAGGCAUGUACAAGAAAUGAAAAGCUUGAAAGUCUGUUAACUGAAAACUAUCAUAGAAUUCCUUUAAAUGUAUACACGGCUGUUUACUCAAUUGCAUGGGCCCUACAAGGUUUGCUUAAUUGUGUUCAAAGAACUGAACCAUUUCAUUAUGGUGGCUGCUCCAGCAUCAUUUCAUUUCAUCCUUGGCAACUUCUUUAUUACAUUCAGAAUCUAAACGUUAAGACUAGACUUGGGAACCAAAUUGUUUUUGAUGACAAAGGGAACCCUCCAGCCAUCUAUGAUAUUGUAAACUGGCAUGUGAGUACCAAUGGCACUUUGGAACAGGUUGUUGUUGGAAGUUAUGACUUGAGUGCCUCUGAUGGAAAUACCUUGAAAAUAAACUCUCCUGAUAUUACUUGGAUCGACAGCAAAACUCAGGUUCCUGUUUCCAAGUGCAGCCCAAGCUGUCCAUCUGGAUUCAGACAGAUGAUAGUACCUGGAAAACCAUCCUGUUGCUAUGAGUGUGCCCGGUGUCCCCAGGGACAGAUUUCAAACCGAACAGGGUUCAUUGGUUACCCUCAACCUGAAAAUUGUCUUCUGCGCCAAAUGGCAUUUGGGUUGGCUUUUGCCUUCUGCAUCUCCUGUGUUCUGGCCAAAACUAUCACAGUUAUCAUUGCAUUUAAUGCAACUAAGCCUGGAAGCAGAUUAAAACAGUGGAUAGGGUUGAAGGUGUCCUAUUGUGUCAUUGUGUUUUGUGUAUUUAAUCAGUUUUGUAUGUGUGUUAUGUGGCUGAUCUUCUCUCCUCCCUUUCCUGAACUUGACACUAACACCAAACCAGGAAUUAUUAUUGUUUACUGCAAUGAAGGGUCAACCCCUGCUUUCUGGUGCAUGCUGGGAUACCUUGGCCUAUUGGCAACCAUCAGUUUCAUUGUUGCCUUCUUGGCCAGACGUCUCCCUGACAGUUUUAAUGAAGCCAAAUUUAUCACAUUCAGUAUGUUGGCUUUCCUCAGUGUCUGGGUGUCCUUUAUCCCAGCCUAUCUCAGUGCACGGGGCAUGUAUACUGUAGCAAUGGAGGUGUUUGCCAUUCUGUCUUCCACGUGGGCUGUGGUGAUCUGCAUCUUUAUGCCAAAAAUGUUUAUGGUAUUGUUCAGACCCCACCUGAAUUCCAGAGAACAUAUUAUAAGAAAUUAA